AUGCAGGACAGACAGAAGAAAUACUAUGAUGUCAAACACCGACCAGUUGAGUUUGAUGUUGGAGAGUUUGUGUUCCUCAAAGUCAAUCUAAUAAAGGGAGUGAAGAGAUUUGGCAAAGUGGGAAAGUUGAAUUCAAGAUAUGUAGGUCCUUUUGAGAUUUCAAAAAUGAUUGGAAAGGUGGUUUAUAGGUUGAUUCUACCAGCACACAUGAGUGGAGUGCAUAAUGUAUUUCAUAUUUCCACUUUAAGGAAAUAUAUUUCAAAUGAAGCUCAAAAGAUUAAUACUGAAGUGGAAGAUAUUAAACCGAAUUUGACAUUUGUGAAUAAACCAGAGAAAAUCCUUGAUUAUGAUGUUAAGCAGUUGAGGAGCAGAACGAUUCGUUAUGUUAAGGUGCUUUGGAAGCACAAUUCAGAGAAGGAUGCCACCUGGGAGGAGUCAGAAAUGAGGGAGAACAACCCUCAUUUAUUUGGCUAA